CCAACGCGGUCUAAAAUCCCUCUAUAGCAGGUUAUUUCUUUCUUUAUUUAUCGGUUUGUUUAAAUAAAAGAUAUUUUUUCUGUGCUGUCGACGGCAAACAGAAGCCACUGGGAUUUAAGCUGAAAACCUAUUAAAUACAUAAAUAUAUAUAUAUAUAUAUAUUUGUGUGCGUCUCCUCUGCGGGAUUUGCUGUGGUGGUUCGGCUCAGACCCGCAGGACCAGGCCGACCCCCAUCGCCUUUUCUUCCGCCGGCCUCCUGCAAGUCACACAGUAAGAACACGGCUUUCAAUAUAACGACGUUCCACCUCUUUACGUUACCGAGGCUUCCCCCGAAGCGACUGGGGCUCGUGACCGUCACGUCAACGGUCGUUUUAAAAAAAAUUAUAUUUCUUUUACGUCGACUGUCGUCGUCGUUGUUGUUUUUUUUAAAACGUCAACGGUCGUUUUUUAACUGCCUCGUUUGUCCUUCAUGUGGCGUUCAGGGCACCGUCGUACAAUUCAGUUACCUUUAUGGUUUAGCGGUUAUAUAUGUAGGGAGCAACACGCUUGAAGGGGCGUUCAUUGUUUUUCUUGAGCACACGCACACACGCACACGCACCGUCCAUCACUCAUUCAUUUCCGCAGCCUGCGUGUAGCUCGUGACGCAGGUCACGCGGACCGGGAUCAAUAGUGGGCGUUUCUCCGGUUAAUAAUUAGCUUUUUGAAGUUCUGUGGAACACAAAUAAAAAAUAUAUGGGGCUGGAAAUCAAACGUAUAACAGCGGAGGGGGAGGGGAGAGGGGGAGGGGGCGAGGAGAGAAGAACCACACAGACCGGAACUGUGACGUGGGGCUCGAAGAACUGAGAGGCAAGGCGAUAAAGGAUCCUCCUAGACCAGAUCCCGAUGCAGAUCCACGUUCACGGGACUACGUUACGCCGAGAGAGAUAUGACAUUGACCGGGUGGUGUAGUUUGUCUUCAGUUGUGAAUGGACUUUAAAAAAAUUAAAAAAAACACACCUGAAUAAAUACAGACUGCUCUCCAGGACACCCCGAGGAAACUUUUUUUAAUUAUUCAUUUUAUUCAAUGACACUUCCGGGAUAUUUAACUUAAAGCUCUAUUCUGUUUUUUGUUUUUUUUGUGGUUUUUUUUUUUUGAAGGAUUAAUUUGUAUUAUUUAACUGCAUGUAAUUUGGCAAGCUGGCAGCUGUACACAUGGCACUUUAUUUAGAAGGUCUGAGCAAAGGCGUGGCCAACGGAGGGAUGGCUCAGUUUCAGGAAAUGAUGCGGCAGCAGCUGGAGAGCUCCAUGCACACGGAGCUGGAGAAGCUGCUGGACACCGCCGAGGGCGCAGAGCAAGAGGUGUCCAGGAAAGACUUUGAGGGCUUCAAGAAUCUUUUCCACAGAUUUCUGCAGGUGAAGGGGCCGUCGAUAGAGUGGAUCAAGAUCCAAAGACCUCCAGAGGACUCGAUCCAGCCGUACGAUAAGAUCGCCGGCAGAGGUCUGCCGAACAGCGUGGCCGACUGCCUGAACAAGCUGGUGGUGGUGAAGCUGAACGGGGGUCUGGGCACCAGCAUGGGCUGCAAGGGCCCCAAGAGCCUGAUCAGCGUCCGCAACGAGAACACCUUCCUGGACCUCACGGUGCAGCAGAUCGAGCACCUGAACAAGACUUACAACACAAACGUGCCGCUGGUCCUCAUGAACUCCUUCAACACGGAUGAGGACACAAAGAAGAUCCUGCAGAAGUACACACACCACCGCGUCAAGAUACACACCUUCAACCAGAGCAGGUACCCUCGCGUGGACAAAGAGUCCCUCCUGCCGGUGUCCACCGACCUGAGCAUGUCGGGGCAGAGCGCGGAGGGCUGGUACCCGCCGGGCCACGGAGACAUCUACGCCAGCUUCUACAACUCGGGCCUGCUGGACCAGCUGAUCGCGCAGGGCAAGGAGUACAUCUUCGUGUCCAACAUCGACAACCUGGGAGCCACCGUGGACCUGCACAUCCUGCACCACCUGGUCAACCAGCCCAACGGCAAGCGCUGCGAGUUCAUCAUGGAGGUGACGGACAAGACGCGCGCCGACGUCAAGGGCGGCACGCUGAUCCAGUACGAAGGGAAGCUGCGCCUGCUGGAGAUCGCCCAGGUGCCCAAAGCCCACGUGGACGAGUUCAAGUCGGUUUCCAAGUUCAAGAUCUUCAACACCAACAACCUGUGGAUCUCUCUGGCCGCCAUCAAGAGGCUGCGCGAGCAGCAGGCCAUGGACCUGGAGAUCAUCGUCAACCCCAAGACGCUCGACGGCGGGCAGAACGUGGUCCAGCUGGAGACGGCGGUCGGCGCCGCCAUCAAGUGCUUCGACAACGCGCUGGGCAUCAACGUGCCCCGCAGCCGCUUCCUGCCCGUGAAGACCACGUCGGACCUGCUGCUGGUGAUGUCCAACCUGUACAGCCUGGACGCCGGCUCCCUCACCAUGAGCCCCAAGAGGGAGUUCCCCAGCACGCCGCACGUCAAACUGGGCAGCUCCUUCACCAAGGUUCAGGAGUACCUGACCCGCUUCGAGAGCAUCCCCGACAUGCUGGAGCUCGACCACCUCACGGUGUCGGGAGACGUCACGCUGGGGAAGAACGUGUCGCUCAAGGGCACCGUCAUCAUCAUCGCCAACCACGGAGACCGGAUCGACAUUCCAGCCGGAUCCAUGCUGGAGAACAAAAUCGUAUCGGGGAACCUGCGCAUCAUGGACCACUGACUCCUUUACACACACACACACACACACACACACACACACACACACACACACACACACACACAAUCGUUAAUAGUGUUAAUCAUGAGCCACUUAUAGCCGUCACAGUAAAUAAUGACCUAGAAUGAAGAAACUAAAACAUUUAUAUUUAAUUUUGUAUUCUUUUCUGACUAAUCUUCUUCGCUGAAACGUAUAUUUCACCUUUUUACCUUUUUUUAAUUAAUAAUCUGUGCGCUCACCGCUGAAGCUUCGCGGGAGAGUUUUAACCGUUUAUUUCAAGCACUGAUAGGGUCCACAAUUCAGCUGUGUAAAUAUAAUAUAUAUAUAUAUAUAUAUAUAUAUAUAUAUACCUGGAUUAAAAUGUCGUUCUCUGUUGACAGAAAAUAUAAUAGUUGGACGGUAAAAUGACUCCUUAAUUUGUUUUAUACGCCAGAAAUAUUCAUUAUUCAAAUUAACACACAAAACGCACAUUUAUUUUUGUUGUUUUCGUUCUUUCAUUUACGUAAUCUUGGUUGUGACUUCUUGUUCUGUAAUGUUGAAUGCCAGGUGUGGUUUAGUCUCAUCGCAGUGCUCACUCGCACCUUUCCACAUACACAUAAUCUCUUGAUCCCUUCAUAUAAAUAUUUUAAAUGGAGCAGCUUUGACUUGGUGCUGGUAGAUAAACGGGUUUCUGUCAUCGAGGCGAAACUAGCUCUGCCUGUUCGGCGCCCGUGAGUUUAUCCAGACUGUCAUGAAUUAUAUGUAACAGCCGACGUGUUAAAGGCCUUUAUUUGUACAGCCGUGUGACGUAGAUGAUAUUUUUGUGUCCUGUUUACUCACGUUAUGACCUUAAUGUCCUAUGAAACAUCCACGUCUCCUCUGUCUUCUGCAGCGUUGGCACACACACACACACACACACACGGACACAGACACACACGCACACAUUUAAGUGUGAGAAUACUUGAGAUGGGUCCGACUGACCGGAAGCCUGAAAGCAAUAAGUGUUGAUCCAGUUCUGCCUCCUCUGAGCUGAAUAAAGUGCAAUAUGAAAUAAUGA